AGAUUGUGAGGACCUGCAUUGUGACACUCAAGACUCUUUUCUAUAGUGUUGGAUUUGUAUUACGCACCAGCACCAUGUGUAAAGGUCUCGCUGCCCUCCCAGCAACAUGCUUGAAAAGCGCCAAAGACAUAAAGCAUAAGAUUGGCUUCCUGCUUCAAAAGCCAGAUCCACCUCAAGAGCAGAAGUCUCUGAAGGAGAAGGAGAAGAAGAAAGAGAAGGAGAAAGAGAAGGUCACUGUGGUAAACAGAGUCCCUCUUGCUGAAAUUGAGAAAUGGAAAACAUCAUUUAACAACCUGAUCAAAAAUGAAGAUGGUCGGAAGGCUUUCACUUCCUUUUUACAGUCUGAGUACAGUCAAGAGAACAUUGAAUUCUGGGAAGCCUGUGAGGAUUUCACGCAGACAUCAGUGGACAAGAUGAAUGUGAAAGCUAGAAAGAUAUUUGAGCGAUACGUUGAAGCCGAUUCCCCUAGCGAGGUGAAUUUGGAUUCGGCCACUAGAGAACUCACUAGAAAGAAUCUGGAAAGAUGCGACUCAUCCUGUUUUGAGGAGGCUCAGAGCAAAAUCUUCACCCUCAUGGAAAAGGACUCGUACAGGCGCUUCCUGAAAUCCAAACUGUUCCUGGAACUGUCUCAACCACCGUUGGACAACAAACCCUGUAGUUUAGAGAAGAAAGGAAAACAUCACGUUUCUGACCACAGUCAGUGCUUGCCUAGUUAUGCCUAACCAAACCAUCUCCUCAUGGAUGAACAAAGAAUAUGACGAACUUUGCCAUAAUGUGACUUCCACUCACUUGGCUUUGUAAAGCUUGUUCACGUUUAUGAGUAAAAAGGUGGAGCUUAUUAGAUGGUUCAGUCAUUGUGAUUGUAACACUUUUAGCUUUGCAGUAGCAUUAAAAAAGUGUGUAGUUAAUCACUGCUUGAGCAUGACGGUCAUGUUCUGAACGGGUUUUGUGCAGGCAAUGUUUUUACCAUCAACAGAAAUAACCUGCAUCUACUCUUCAACCUUGAAAUUCCAUUGAAUUGGCUUUGGGAAAACAAUACACCUGUGAUGUAGUUUACAACUAAAUGACUGUUACAGAUAGAAACAGAUUUUUGCUUAGGAUUUUAUUUGAGCUCUGAGGAGAAUAGGACCAUUAA